AUGGCCGAUAUUCACUUUUACAAACUUCCAGCUCUAAAGAAACAAACAUUACCUAUCUGCGCCUUUUUCAAAAGUCCCUUUAAUGAAGAUUGGCGGUUAGAUAUUACUUUAAGUUUGGUAAAACCGAAAGAUCUAACCCUCGAUAAAGAAAUAGUUCUAUCAAUACACAGAGAUGGAUAUUCAAUCGUUCAAUUUCAUGCGACUGAUGUUCUUUGGGAUUUGGUUUCACCACAACAAUCAUACUUUCAGUUUACACAACAAGCUGAUAUAUACACCCUACGUCAAAUUUCUAAAACAUUUCGACCAAUGUAUGAUGAUAAUUCUUUAUUCUAUGGAUGCGAAACUGGUCCAUCUUUAUAUAAUAUUGACGAUGUUGAUAUGCCAGGAAAGGAUGUAUAUCAUAAUAUCUUUAACAAAAGUAGAGAAUUGGUUAAACCAAUGGUGGGAAAGUGUGUUCGUGUUUACUUGACAAGAGCCAUUUUUUCCUUGAGGAUUCCUGAUGUUCCGGUAUAUGGUGUAAUGAACAUUAUACCUAUGUGGGGUGGUAUUCAAUAUCAAACAAAAUUUAAUGAAGGAUUAGAUUUUGAAAUAGCAAAACCUAGCUAUAGCCUUCAAAUCGUUGAUGAAAGGCCAAUCGCUAUUUUGAAUAUUCAUUAUAGACCUUAUUCUUGGUUACUUUAUCAAGGAAUCUUAAAGUAUCAACAUCAUGAUUAUUUCUAUGAUUUUUAUGAAGUUAGAUCUGAUGGUGAGGAACAGGACAUGAGUUUUGAAAAUGAUCAAUUGAAAGAAAAGAGCGAUGAUGUUAUUUUAUCAAUAUUAAAGAGUGACGUUUUAUCUAAAUUUAAAAGUGAUUUAUUUAACAUGAAUCAAGAUGAAUACGUUGGUAAAUGUUGGACUAGUGAGAUAAAAAGAUUUGUAGAAAUAGUGAAUUUGACUAG